CACUGCCCAGUGCCUAAAAUUUUCUACGUCCAGUUAACUGUUGGCAACAGUGAGUUUUUUGGUGAAGGAAAGACUCGUCAAGCUGCUAGACAUAACGCUGCAAUGAAAGCCCUUCAAGUUCUCCAGAAUGAGCCUAUUCCAGAAAAAUUACCUCAGAAUGGAGAAACAGGAAAAGAAUCAGAAGAAGAUAAAGAUGCAAACAAGUCUGAGAUCAGUGUAGUGUUUGAAAUUGCUUUGAAGCGCAAUAUACCUGUCAGUUUUGAGGUGAUUAAAGAAAGUGGACCUCCUCAUAUGAAGAGCUUUGUUACACGAGUUACAGUAGGAGAGUUCACUGCAGAAGGAGAAGGCAACAGUAAGAAACUCUCAAAGAAACGUGCUGCAAUGGCUGUCCUACAAGAACUUAAGAAACUUCCUCCUCUUCCUGUAAUUGAAAAGCCAAAACUUUACUUUAAAAAACGUCCAAAAACAAUAUUGAAGACUGGGCCAGAAUAUGGUCAAGGAAUGAAUCCCAUCAGUCGUCUGGCUCAGAUCCAACAGGCCAAAAAGGAGAAGGAGCCAGAGUAUGUUCUUCUUUCAGAGAGAGGAAUGCCUCGCCGUCGAGAGUUUGUUAUGCAGGUAAAAGUAGGCAAUGAGAUUACCACUGGAACAGGCCCAAACAAGAAAAUAGCUAAAAGAAAUGCAGCAGAAGCUAUGUUGCUACAGCUGGGUUACAAAGCCUCUACUCCUCUUCAAGACCAGCCAGAAAAGGUGAGAGCCAAUUGUUAUGAUGCCCACAUAUUACCCUCGUCUAGAUUUCUUAGCUGUAUCAGCUAA